GACGCGCAGGUGUCCGCCGCCGCGGGCGGCCCCUCAAGGCGAGGGCGCGGUCACCGUCGCCGGGCAGGCGGGGCGGUACGCAGGGCCGGGCGCGCUGGCCGGAGGCCGGGGGAGGCUGGAGCCGAGGGGAGGCGGGCCAAGCCGGCGGCCGGCCGCUGCCUCCUCCCCGGCAGCCGCGGCACACACACCCCCCGCACACCACCCACACGCCCUUCCUCCCCCCCCCCCAUCCCCCCCAUCCCCGUAGCUGGGGGCAAGGCUGGGGCCGUCGCGGGGGAACGUGGCGAGGGACUGAAUCGUGUCUCUGUGCAUAGGUGACCCCGAUGUGGAUUCGCCGGCUGGGCGAGGGGGAGCGCGGCGGUGCCUAGGUGAUGCUGAAGAGCAGGCCCGGGGCCGGCAGUCCCCCCGCAGCCGGCCAGGCCCUGUGCGUGCGCGGGGUGGGAGAGAUGGACUCGGCAGAGCCCGCGGGCAGAGGCCUUUCGGCGGAUCGGCCCGCGGCUAGCCGCCUUCGGUGCGGGGAGGAGGAGCCGGACAAGGAGGGAGAUGAUGCGGGAGGGAAGAGCGGCGGCUGCUCCGGGGAGCAGAGCCUGAAUCCCGAGCUGCAGCAGGGGUACCGCAUCCUGCGCGAGUUUCUCCUGGAGAAGUAUCGCCCUCUGACAGAACCGUUUUUGAAACCCCUCGCGGAUCAGGCAUCCGUCAGGGCAGAAGGAGCUGGCUCCGUCUCGGGUCAUAACAGUAGUCGCUCCUUUCAGCCGUCGCCAGCUGGAAUGUGGCUGUUGAAGAUGGAGGAGAAAUUUUCCAGUGGGCAGUACACAGGGAUAGCAGAUUUCGUGGGUGACUUCCGGCUAAUGCUGGAGACAUGUUACCGGCUGCAUGGUGUAGAUCACUGGCUCUCCAGACAGGCCCAGAAGCUGGAGAUGAUGCUGGAACAGAAGCUGGCGCUGCUGUCCCGGCAUUUAAGAGAGAAAACAUCAAUAGCUGUAACAUCUAGAGGAUGCUAUAGGCUGGAAGAUGAGAAAGGAACAGCAUGCAUUUCAACAAGACGACGUUCCACGCCUCGCAAUUUAGUAGGCUUGUCAACAGGCACGUUUGAGUCUGUGAUGGUUCAGGCUCUAAGACAAGAGGAACAGCUGAGAGCAAAAGAGGAAAAGAGGCUGAGAGAGCAAGAAAGAAAAGAAGCAGAAGAAGCUAGUCAGAAAGAAAUAGAAGAAUGGGAAAAGUCACUUUUAGCUCAAGCAGCACCUACAAGGAUGGAGACAAUGUGGGAGAUUCCAGCUAUUGGUCAUUUUCUUUGUUUAGCACAACAGAUUUUAAAUUUACCUGAAAUAGUGUUCUAUGAAUUGGAACGUUGUCUUCUGAUGCCUCAGUGUAAUGCUUUUUUAUCUAAAAUAAUGACUUCUUUGUUAAGUCCUCCUCACCGCAGAUCUACGUUACAUCGCAGGCCUACACUUUCUUACAAGACUUGGGAAGCAGCACUCAGACAGAAAGUACAACACUGGUAUACUGUUGUAGGGCAGACUGACAAUCCUAAUAGCUCUGCAGAAAAACUUGGAUUGUGUCCCCAGUUUUUCAAAGUCCUUGGAGAAGUUAAUCCCUUGGAGGAAAAAUCGUUUCAUGAGCUACCAUUCUACCAAAAAGUGUGGCUGCUAAAAGGUCUCUGUGAUUUUGUGUAUGAAACACAGAAGGAUGUUCAGGAUGCAGUGCUAAGUCAGCCUAUCCACGAAUGCAGAGAAGUAAUUCUUGGUUAUGACUACUUGGAGAAUGCAUAUGUUCAUUUUCCACAGUUUUGCGGUGCAGAUGUUCGGAUUUACAAACAAAAACCUUUUCAGGCUCCUGAAUUCCCAUCUCCUCCCAUCAAAGUUAAAAAAGUGUCACGUAUUAAAUUGGAGAAAGUAAAACAUGAAUUCGUAAGCAAAAGCAAUGGGGAUGUCAGUUCUGGUGGUAGAGAAGAGCUGCUACAUCAUUCCAAGACAGAAGUAGAGAAGAGUAUGGAUUCCAUUGUUAUCUGUCCAGAAAAAAACCCACAUUUAGGCAGCUUUAGAGUCACUACAGAAGAGAUUAAGAUUAGCUGUGAAAUCAAGACCUCCAGAGUCUGCGACAUCAAAAAAACUGGUUGCUGUAAAGAGAACUUGAGGAGUUUUAUUAGUUCAGGAGAGAUUGUUGGUAUGGGUGGUCACCCUAGUUCAGGAGAAAUAAGGGCUGUGGAGUAUGGACAAGGGUGUCCUGAAAUGACCAGACUAAAAGCUGAGAUCAGUCCAUUCAAGGAGAACACACUGAAAGCUUGCCAAAUGCAUGUAAAUGGCACUCAUAAUGACAACCAAGACAUAAAUUACCAUGAAUCUGCUAAGGAAACAAUGCUAGAGGACUCACUGCGAAAUAACAAGAAACUAAGUAAGUUGCGGGCAAAAAAGAAGAAAAAGAAAAAAAAGAAGCUGAAGGAUAUUCUAAAUGAAAAUCUACAGAGAAAACUUGAUGACUUGCAAAGAAAGCGUGAGCUUCAUCUUAAUCCAUUCAAAUCUUAUAAAUCUGAGAUCCAGAACAAGUUGUUUACAAUUAAAAAGAAAGCAAAACACAAGAAGCACAAGUCUGGAAAAAAAUCGAUAUCUAAAAAAGCAAUCACAAAGAAGAGGAAAGGUGUCACAAAGUCUACCAUACCAGAAUUUCAGCUUAUUUGCACUAAUCUUGAUGAACUCAGGGAAUUAAUCAGAAAGAUUGAGAAUGAACUCAAAGAUCUGGAGGACAUUAAAAAGAAAUCGGAGACCAUUCUGGAGUAUGUAAAAGGAAUUCCUUCUCCAGAACUUGGAAGUACUGGAGGCUGUAAUGAAAGAGCUGAGCUGUAUCUGAUGUCCAAAGCAGCUGCAGAUCACCAACUCCCUCUCUGUGUGACAUCACUAGAAAAUGCUAGACUGGUGAUGUCACACACACCACUGAACCCCGCUGCAGAAUGGAGCAGGCCUAUUAAGGGUAAGGGAAGAUGGUACCAUCGGAGGCAAGCAGUAAAGGAAUUGCAUGGUACGUUGAUACGACUGCUUAAUGAACUGUUACCAUGGGAACCAAAGCUAAUGAAAGCAUUUCAAAGAAACAGGUCUAGAUUGAAGAAGGACUAUGAUGACUUUAAAAGACAUCCAGACCAUGAUAAAUUUACCAGAGAAUUGUGGAGUAAUGAUGAAAGUGAAGUUGAUUCUGGCAAAGAUUCUUUUGCAGUAGUAUGCAGUAAAUCUUCAGAGCCUGUAGAACAUGCGGAAGUUCCCCAAAAAGAUCACCCAGACCAUGGUGAAAUGAAGCUAUUAGAGAUGAAUUUACCUGCAGGAAAAAACAGAAUUCUGAAAAAAGAAUCAACUUCUAAAGAAAUACAGAAGACACUGCCCAAAUGUGUUAAACGACAGUCCAAGCAAAAUAGUUGUCUGGAUCAAAGCACUAAUGAGCUUUCACCAAGGAAAAAAGCUAAACUGAGUGCUAAUGAGGCUGUGGUCCAGAGUUCAGACAGUAGACUGCAGCCAGAGACUGGUUUGACUGAGCUGAAACAAUUUGAAGGGUCAACUCUAGAAUUGUUUUCCUUGACAGAUCCUGCAACAUCAGUAUCGAAAUUUCUGAAAGGGACCAAACCUAUCCAGGCCUUGCUUGCCAAGAAUACUGGGAACAAAGUGACCUUAACAAAUCAACUGUCACCUUCCCCUGGCAUAAAUGUAUCUACUCCUGAAAAACCAGUUUCAUCACCUUUGGAAUCAUCACUGGUAAAACCAGCGUUGCCCUGCCAGACCAGUUCAAAGACUCCUUUACAAAUGGUAUACAAAAUGCCAAAUGGCUACUGUGUACCAGUAGACCUUCACAACAGCUCUGUGAAAAUUCAAAUGCAACCUGUGAUUGACCCUAAAACUGGAGAAAAAGUCAUGCAACAAGUUCUUAUUUUACCUAAGAAUUUUCUUAUUCAGCAGAAGGAAGGAAAAAAUGUGGCCAAGGACAUUCAGUCACUGCAACAAAAAUCAUCUGAGCUGCACUGUACAACUUUACCAGAAAUAUCAAAUGUCAGUGUUUCUUUAACACCUCUUGUGGUAACAGGCCCUGCAAAUGCUACCACUCAGUCACCUGGUACAAUUUUUAACAAGAAUAUUACCCACCUGUCACAAGUGACUGGUCCCAUGAACACUACACAAUCAUUGCCAGCUGUAACUUCAGCAGGUAACUUACCAUCAUCAACAAUUAAGGUGAGCCAGACUGAAACUGAGCAAAUCAAGACUACAGUUUCAACUGCCACAUUCCCUGUGUCUUUGACUUCACCUACUCUUUCCACAGCUAGCCAGUCUUUGAUAUCAGCAACAGUAUUAAGUGGGUCUACAAACACUGUUUCUGCCUGUCACGGUCUUGUAUCCCAGCAGACAGCUGACUCCUUUGAAACUAGGCAAGAACUGAAGACGGUGUGUGUAAGAGAAUCACAAUCUAUUCUGGUCACGACACGAGGUGGGAACACAGGAAUUGUUAAAGUGCGAACAAAUCCAGACCAAAUUUCACCUAGUAGUUUAUCUUCUAGUUCAGUUUUCACUUACGCACCUCAACUUCAGGCCUUUUUUGUGCCAAAAACCACACCCUUAUCACGCUCUACUCUUCCAUCUGUAGAAACAGCCAUGUCUGGUCUCCCACAUAUUAGACAAUCAUCUCUUUCUGCAUUUGGCCCCUCAACAGCUUCUGUUAACAUUCCAGCUUUCCCAGCUGAUUUUACCCAGGCAAUGGACAAGAAUAUCAAAUUCACAUUACAGCAGCCUGUUGUUGGGGGCACUUUGGGUCAAGUAAUGGAGAACUGCUAUGUGUCCUCUCCUCCUUUAUCCUCCAUUUCAUUAGCUAACAGUUUGAUGUCAGCAACUCCAAGCAGUCCUGUUAGUGUGACUAGCAUUGGACAAAAUAACACUGUCAUAACUCCAAAUUCUUCUGUACAGCAACAAGGUGAUACUAGAACUACAACAAAUCGUGUUAUACAAUCUGAGUCUAAUUCAGCAACAAAUGGAGAUUUAAUCAGCGGUACUCCAGUUCAGAAACUUACAUUAGUCACAAAUCCACCUGUUUUAUCACCCUGUGGGGCAUCAGGAGUCAGUAUUAUACCCUCUCUGGCAUCCACUGGUAUUAAUGCUCAGAAGUUGUUUUUUAUUAACACACAAAUUGCCAAUGGCCCAUCAACCACCAAUCUAGUUCCAGAGUCAUUGAAGCAUAACCUUCCUUCUUCCCUAAGCAAAACCUUUGUUAGUGCCACAGAGCAACCACAGUUGGUUCUGAUCCCAUCUACAGUGGGAGCACCAAUAAGAAUAAAUUCAUCACCAACUAUUGCUCAAGUAAAAGAUGUGAAAAUUGGACUAAAUAUAGGUCAAACCAUUGUAAAUACUAAAGGCAAUGCGCAGCAGGCUCCACCAGUUAAUAUAUUGCACUCUGCCAUUUCUAAGGGAGAAGACAAAAAGAGCAUGGGCUUGGCACUGCCUUUGACAAGUACUAGUACUUUGGUUCCUGUUCCAAGUUUUGUGAGUCAAACUGCAGUGUCAGUUAAUGAAUCUGUAUGUGUUGCAACAAAAGCUGAAAAUGCCUUUACAGUAACAACAGCAAAUGCAUGUGUAGAAUCUGUUUCAGUAACAUCAAGUGGGACUUCUUCUGGGACACAGCCCACUAUCUUGAUUAGUGGAAAUGAUCUCUCAAGAAUAAGGCCAGUUCUGGGUAAUCGACUGUGUACAUCAAAUAUUGGAAAUACUGUGGGUAUGUCAACUGUGAAAACGGGACAUCUUGCUUCAUCUGUGCUGAUUUCAACAACACAACCAACAGUAUCUCCUCAAAACUUAGCAUCUGCUUUGCAAUUUCCAGUCAUUAGCUUGCCUGGAUGUGUAGCCAGCCCCCACAAAGUGUUACAUACAGUUCCUCAGUUGGCAGCAGUUCCAGCUCCUCCUCCAGUACCAAAAAGUCAGUUGCCCACACUGCUUCAGUUUCAGUCAUCAGGAGUUUCAGCUGCUAUGCUAAGUAAUGCAGUUGUUCACAAGCCUCAGAGUGUGUUGCCCCCUCCAUCACCAAAUACAGGUAAAGUCAUUAGUUUUCCCAGUUUUUCUUCCCUACAAUGCCAGCAGGUGCCUCCCAGUACAGAGAAACAAAGUCAUGCUUGUACUUGUGCUUCUACCGUUCAGAUGUCUGCAGCUUCACCAACUGUAACAAGCAAGGCAGGAGGUGAGCUGGAUGAACCUUGCAUUCAGCAGAAACUAGUCAUUAACACCUGUAUGCCUUUGGCACCUGGAACUCACAUAAUGAUUAAUGGUACUCGUUUUGUUGUUCCACCACAAGGCCUUGGAGCUGGCAGCCAUGUUCUUCUUCUCUCUUGGAAUACAAAACAGACUCCUCCUUUAACUAUUAACCAAGGUCAAGAGGCUCAAGGUGUACAAAUUGUUAAUCCAAUAACCUCAAAAAUCAUGCUAGCACCGAGUAAUUCAUUAAGUUGGCAAAUAUCAAAACAUCCUUUGAAAAGCUCUACAAAAAUUGUGAACUCUUUUGGGUCUGCAGAUGCUUUACCCAUUGUACAUGCAACACCCCAGAUGUUUAGUACUCCAGCUAGCUCAUGUACUCCACUGUCAGCAGUGCCACUGUCUCUGUCUUCAGUGGUAAAAUCUCCUGUUAAUGUUGUAGCUACAUCUUCCAUGGUUUCUGCCAUUCAUCCUCUGAACUCUCAUAUACCGAGCAAUGCUUCAGUGUUUCGCUUAGACACUUCUAUCAAAAAACUGUUGGUCAGUCCAGAGGGAGCCAUUUUGAAUGCUAUAAAUACUCCAGCAUCCAAAGUUUCUUCCCUGUCUUCAUCACUGCCUCCUGUUGUGUCCACAAGCAGAAAUCCUACCACUGUCUUCCCUGCAUCUCAGUCAUCUUGCCUUGAUAAAUUUGACAAAGCUGCAUCCUGAAUUUACUGCAAAUGAGCCACUUUGAAAUUUUGGGGCAUUCUUCUGACUUUGGAAGUUGUAACUAUUGAAUAAUUUCUUACAUUGUUUGAAACAGUUUAUUUACUCAAAAUUACUUAAGAUUACAGUUCUUUCCUGUUUACCUGUGGGGCUUAGGAAGAAGAAAAAUUUAUUUAGUUUGUCAGAGAGAAGUUUUCAGAGAGGUCUUUAGUAAAAAGGUCAGAAAUGACCAAUGAGUUCAUUAAACAUUUUAGUUUGGAGAAGUCUAGCCUUUUGCACAUGUUCCAUCUUACAGCAUGGACUGUUUGCCAGUGUGUUUAUGACAGUAUAUAUCUCCUUUUUAUUUGUCAAAUUUAUUUUUUAUUUGUUUCUGUAAAAAAAAAUAUUUAUGCAUUGUAAAAAUGCAAUCUAUGGUAUAGAAUUGUACAUAUUCAUUAAUUCCUAACAAUCUGUACUAAACUAUAUGUACAAAGAACUAUGCUGUCUUAUUUAUGUUUUGUUUACAUAAUGUAUAGUUUUUUAAGUAUUUUAGUAACUUUGGACCAGUGUACUGUUUAGCAACAAUGCAGAAGAAUCUGCGUAUAAUAAAUCAAGUUGCUGUA